AUGGUAUUCUACAAAUCGACCGAAGAGUCGAAAAACAUCCUGCAGAUUUUACUGAAAUUGUUCAGCGAAAAUGAUAAUGAGCUUCCCCAAUCAGUUCGCCACCGGACUGAAAAUGUUACGUUCGACGCGAAACGAAAUUUACCCUACUUCCCGAUCCCCUUCAAGGAGACAGAGACCACUGCGGCAUUGAAAGCAAUCGAGGCAUCGGUGGCUGCCGAAUUGGGUGAUCUAAAAGCCGGAGAAGAUUCGCAAAGAGCCAUCAAGAUUGAUCUAGAGAAAACAACUGCUUUCCUAUUCCAAGCGUAUCUGGCUACUGUCGGAGGCAAAAGCAAGUUGGAUCCAGAUGUCAAGAGACUUCUCAAAGACACGGACCUUCUGAAGGCGCAAUCUGAUCCGUACCGUCGCAUGUCUGCAAAUCUGUACGAGACGAAAAAUCAGGGAGAGUACUACCAUAUCCAUGGCUCACUUGAAGCAUCGACAACCUUGGGUAUGAUCGGUUUAGAGCCUUUUCGGCCUGAUCUUGAAACCCAUGAGGAGAUCGUCAGUACGAUAGAAGAUGCCGUUCGAAAACUCACGAUAGACGAGCUCGAAGAAAUGAAUGCCGCCAAUAAGCAGGCCGGAGUACCCGUGAUGAAACAUGAGGACUUUUUGAAGACACCACAUGGAAGGGUAGCAACGAAAGCUUUGCCAUGGAGCGUACACUCACUGGAAGAACAGACACCGCCUUUUCCUCUCCCAUCCAGCGAUGAUAAAAGACCACUCUCCGGUAUCAAAGUUCUUGAACUAUGCCGAAUCAUUGCAGGGCCCACAAUUACCCGCAUCCUGGGCGAGUAUGGUGCCACUGUCUUGAAGAUCACGAGCCCUCACCUAAGCGAUGUUCCAUUCUUUCAGGUUGAUGGGAACAUGGGUAAACAUGCAGCGGAUCUGGAUUUGAAGACCCCGGAGGGAAAAGCAAAAUUCGAAGAGCUGCUUGCUGAUGUGGACAUCGUUGUCGAUGGCUAUCGACCUGGAGCCUUUGAUCGACUCGGCUACGGCCCCAAGCAGCUAUGUGAGAUGGCUAAGCGCCGAGGAAAAGGUAUUGUUUACGUCAACGAGAACUGCUUUGGCUAUGAAGGAGAGUGGGCUCAUAGGCCUGGGUGGCAGCAGAUUGCCGACUGUGUUUCUGGUGUUGCGUGGGAACAAGGCAAGUUCAUGGGCCUCUCAGAGCCUGUAGUGCCACCGUUCCCUAUAUCAGAUUACGGUACAGGCUGCAUGGGUGCCAUUACUGCUCUACUUGGACUGUUACACCGAACGAAACGAGGUGGAUCAUGGCAUGGUAAAGCCUCCCUGUUACAAUACGAUCUGCUCCUCUUCAAGGCAGGUCUGCAUACGGAGCAAGUCCAGGAGCAGCUGCGUCAGUUGAUGGGACCUGAGUUCCUGGCGCUGCGUCACGACAAUAGCGUGGAUCAAAUCAGCGGUACUGCAUUACGACAGAUGCGCCGACAGUUUCCUGCCUUCUUCACGCGCCCAAAGCUACUUGAUCACUGGUAUGCAGACAAGUACAAUGCAAACAUUGAAGUAGUCAACCCGGUCGCAGAGAUCCAGGGUCUUGAGAUUGAGUUCCAGAGGGCUAGCCGCCCAAACGGCUCGGAUUUACCCACGUGGGACUUUGGAUCUGAGGCAGAUGUUCGAAAAGGGUCAUGA